AUGCCUCAUACAUCCCUCCGCCGUCCGCAAAAGGGCUACGCCCGACGCGGCGGCAAGCAAGCCUACCACGGCCCCAGCAGGGCGCGCACCUUUGCCGCCUCCACAACACGCACCGAGGCGACCUCCGCCGACGAGAAGCUCGAGCGGGCACAGCUAGCACAGCAGAUCGACGAGUCCAUGGGCUUCGCGCGGUACGAGUCUGGACGCCGGAAAGAGGGCUGGCUGGUCAACGUGCAGCCCACGACCAUCGGGCUCGACGACGAACGCGUGCCCGGCGGCCGCGCUGCGCUCGACUGCUACUUCAUCGAGGAGGACGGGCAGACAUUCAAGGCCACGGUCGAGUACGAGCCGUACUUCCUGAUCGCCGUACGCAGGGGCCACGAGAGCGAGGUCGAGGAGUGGGUGAAGCGCGUCCCCGGAGGAGGCGUUGUGAGGACGGUCAAGAAGGUCGAGAAGGAGGACCUGUCCAUGCCGAACCACCUGCUCGGGUACCGGAGGACGUUUCUAGAGCUGAGGUUCGGCAAUGUGCAAGAUUUGAUGUCGGCGAGGAGAGAUAUCAUGCCCAUUGCGGAGAAGAACCGCAAGGCCAUGGGUACGGUGGAUGUUUAUGCUGAGGUGGCUUCCGAACAAGCGGGAUUCGACCUUUUUGAUGAUUCACGAGAUGACGAUAGACGACAUAAUGCUUCCUUUUCAGACGCCAGCGACUACAUAGUCGACUGCAGAGAGUACGACGUACCGUACCAUGUAAGAGUAAUGAUUGAUAUGGAUGUUCGAGUUGCAAGAUGGUACUUCGUAGAGGCGAAGCACGGAGUAACCACCUUGUCACUUCAAGAGGACCGUCUUGUCCAAGCUGACCCAGUAGUAAUGGCGUACGAUAUCGAAACAACCAAACUUCCACUCAAAUUUCCCGACGCCGCCAUAGACCAGAUAAUGAUGAUAUCGUACAUGAUUGACGGGCAAGGUUUCCUAAUCACGAAUCGAGAGAUUGUCUCGGAAGACAUUUCAGACUUCGAAUACACACCGAGACCAGAAUACCCCGGAUCAUUCAUGAUCUUCAACGAACCCGACGAGAAAGGCGUCAUCGAGAGAUUCUUCUUGCAUAUCAAGGAGGCGAGGCCGACGGUUAUUGCCACCUACAACGGAGACUUUUUCGAUUGGCCUUUUGUUGAAGCCCGAGCGAGCGUGAACGGCAUCGACAUGUAUCGAGAAAUCGGAUGGAAGAAGGACAGCGACGAUAUUUACAAGUGCAGCUACGGUGUGCAUAUGGACUGUUUCGCCUGGGUCAGCCGAGACUCCUACCUACCGCAAGGAAGUCGAGGUCUCAAAGCUGUGACGGUAGCCAAGCUCGGCUAUGAUCCCGACGAGCUCGACCCGGAACUGAUGACACCGUACGCCGCCGAACGACCACAGACAUUAGCAGAGUACUCCGUGUCAGAUGCUGUCGCGACCUACUACUUGUACAUGAAGUACAUUCACCCGUUCAUCUUCUCGUUGUGUAUGAUCUUGCCGCUGGGAGGCGAUGAUGUAUUGCGAAAGGGAACGGGUACACUGUGCGAGAUGUUAUUGAUGGUGCAGGCAUACAAGGGAGAGAUCGUCUUACCGAAUAAGCAUAUGUCGCCGAAAGAGUCAUUUUGGGAUGGCCAUUUGCUGGAUGCAGAGACCUAUGUCGGCGGGCACGUCGAAAGUAUCGAAGCAGGUGUAUUCCGUGCGGAUAUACCUGUAAACUUUGCCGUGGAUCCAGGAGCUGUCGACGAGCUUCUUCAUGACCUGGAUGCGGCUCUCAAGUUCGUCGUUGAAGUCGAAGAAAAGAAGUCCCUCGACGAUGUCACCAACUAUGAAGAAGUGAGGGAUCAGAUCGCCGCGCGACUGACACAGUUGAAGGAGACGCCACACCGAAAUGAACGACCUCUGAUCUACCACUUGGAUGUUGCCUCUAUGUACCCAAACAUCAUGACGACCAAUCGACUACAACCGGAUUCCAUGAUCCAGGAAUCCGACUGUGCGGCGUGCGAUUUCAACAGACCCGGGAAGACAUGCGAUCGAAGAAUGCCAUGGGCUUGGAGAGGAGAAUACCUGCCUGCUAAACGAGACGAGUACAACAUGAUCCGACAUGCGCUGGAAGGGGAGAAGUUUCCGGGCAAAUGGCCCAACUCCCCGAUGCGGACCUUCCAGGAGCUGAGCGAGGAUGAACGAGCGAGCCUGAUCAGGAAACGACUACAGCUCUACAGUCAGAAAGUGUACCACAAGACCAAGGAUCAGACAACCAUCGUCCGCGAAGCAAUCAUCUGCCAACGAGAAAACCCCUUCUAUAUCGACACUGUCAGAAAUUUCCGAGAUCGUCGGUAUGAUUACAAGGGCCAGACCAAAGUAUGGAAAGGCAAGACGGACGCCCUGAAGUCCUCUGGCGCUUCAAAUCAAGAAGUUGAAAGCGCCAAGAAGAUGAUUGUGCUAUACGACUCGCUGCAGCUUGCCCACAAGGUCAUUCUGAACUCGUUCUACGGCUAUGUCAUGCGAAAAGGAUCCAGAUGGUACUCCAUGGAAAUGGCUGGCGUGACCUGUUUGACGGGUGCCACCAUCAUUCAGUUGGCACGCUCGCUGGUUGAAAGACUAGGACGACCUCUGGAGUUGGACACCGAUGGUAUUUGGUGUAUGCUUCCUGCCACAUUCCCCGAGAAUUUCGCCUUCAAACUCGAGAACGGGAAGAAACUCACAAUCUCAUAUCCCUGUGUCAUGUUGAACCAUCUUGUCCAUGCCAAGUUCACGAACGACCAGUAUCAAACGCUUGUUGAUCAGAAGACGUUCAAAUACGAGACCCACAGCGACAACUCCAUUUUCUUCGAAGUUGAUGGUCCUUACAAGGCCAUGGUGCUGCCCACGUCGAAGGAAGAGGACAGGAACUUGAAGAAGCGAUAUGCUGUCUUCAACGAUGAUGGCAGUCUGGCCGAGCUGAAGGGUUUCGAAGUCAAACGAAGAGGUGAGCUCAAGCUCAUCAAGAUCUUCCAGUCACAGAUUUUCAAGUUCUUCUUGGAAGGUGAGACGUUGGCUGAAUGCUACGCCGCUGUGUCCAAGGUUGCGAACAAAUGGCUUGACGUGCUGUACAGCAAGGGUUCCACGCUUGCUGACGAGGAGUUCAUCGAUCUCAUCUGCGAAAACCGAAGUAUGUCGAAGACGCUCGAGGAGUACGGGACUCAAAAGUCAACAUCCAUCACCACUGCCAAACGUCUGGCCGAGUUCUUGGGAGAACAGAUGGUCAAGGACAAGGGACUCAACUGCAAGUACAUCAUCUGCGCCCGACCUCGCAAUGCCCCUGUCACGGAGCGGGCUAUACCGGUCGCUAUCUUCUCUGCCGAACCAGAGAUCAAGCGAAGGUUCCUGACCAAGUGGAUGAAGGAGGAACCGACCGACACCGACCCUCGUGCCUUGCUGGACUGGGACUACUAUCUUGAGCGUCUCGGUUCCGUCAUCCAGAAGCUGAUCACCAUUCCGGCCGCGUUGCAAAAGGUUCGCAACCCCGUACCGCGGGUACCUCACCCAGAUUGGCUCCAGCGAAGGAUCAAUAUCAAGGACGACAAGAUGAAGCAGAAGAAGCUCACCGAUCUGUUUGCACCAAAGGGACCUCUAGAAGAUAUAACAAACUUGACAGGCCCCCGACUAGAAGAUCUUGAAGACUACGGAGCCAAGCUCCUGAAACCGAAGAGCACGACUGCUGUGAUUAAUGCCUCCCAGGCUGCGCCACCUGCGGCGAAGCGCAAGUCUCCUGAGCCCGAACAGGAGAACUUGGACCCUUUCGCUGCACUACCAAAGAUGAUGCCAAAUCCAUCUGAGAACUACCCGGCGUUCCUGGAGUACCAGAAGAAGAAGUGGAAGAUCCAGAAGCAAGCUCGAGUACGCCGUCGCCAUCUCUUUGGAGAUCGACGUGGAAACGUGGGAAGCAACAUCCAGCAAUCGUUUCGCAACCAAGCAGAGGUCACCUUUAGGGAUACGUGGCAACUGCUACAGCUGCGCAUAACAGACAAUCCUGGAAUAGUGACCGCGUACGUGCUAAUCGACGCGAAGGUCCACGCCCUCAAAGUCAAGGUACCACGACAGGUAUUCUUGAAUUUGAAAGGAAAGGACCUGCCCAACAUCGACGUUGAGGGUUGUGAUGUGGAACAAGUCAACCACACUCUCCCCAAUGGUCACUCUUCAACCCAUCUCUUCAAGAUCACGGUUCCAGAAGACAUAUAUUUCGCCGAAGCCGAUAAGUUCUCGUUGCUAUUCAAUCACCCCAGUGUUGAAGGGGUAUACGAGAAGCAGGUUCCUCUGAACAUGCGGGCUGUGUUGCAAUUGGGCAAUCUCUGCACGAUCGAUGAGAGCCAGCCCGGAGUAUUGGGCAGAGGCCUCGAGCAAGGGUUUGACCUCCCUAGCUUAAUGCGACCGUUGAAGCCAAAGCCGUACCUCCACUCGAACCCACUUGCAUAUAUCUACAUCUCACACAUCACAGCGGGCGAACGUCAAAUAUUCGGCCUGUUCUCUACGACAAGCGAUCAGGCGCACAUUGUCAUCCUCCAGAAGAGCAAGGAUGCCAACUCCGAUUUGCCUAACGUUACCAUGUUGUACAGCGAGCUGCGGGCUCGAAGACUGCAAGAGGACGAGGCAACUAAUUGGCAGGAAUGCUUCGAAUACCAGGAAAAGCUCAGCUUCAAAGUCACGCAAGUCACAACACGAAGGAAGGCACAUCUCGAGAUUAGCGACCUGGUCAAGAAAAUGAAGAAAGAUGAAGCGAAACCACUGAUGCUCGUUGUUCAGUCCUCCCAGCACAACCUUCUCGUUCACGACAUACCUAUACUGGGAGAGUUCCCCAUCCUGCCUUUGAGGUACGACCAGGCAGACAGCUCACUACCACCCCUUGGUUGGCAAUCGGUCGUGGCCAAACGGCUUGUGUCUCAUUACCUCAGCCUUGGGUCUUGGGUACUGCAUCUUACCGCUCUUGCCCGAUACGGAGAUAUUCCUCUGUGCAACUUGGAGCGAGACGACCCCAGGUUCCUCAUUGACAUUGCAUAUGCUCGACGGCUGCAGAUGAACAACGUGGUGUUGUGGUGGUCACCUGGUCCAAGGCCGGACCACGCUGGAUACGAGCAAGACGACAUCACCGGCCCGCUGGACACUGUCUCGAUGCCAUCGGUUAAUAACCCUGGUACCUAUGCUUCUGUGUGCAUUGAUCUCGAGGUGCGAAACCUGGCGAUUAAUACUAUUCUCACAUCGUCUUUGAUCAACGAGCUGGAGGGCUCCGACUCCAUCUCGUUCAACCCAGCUUCUGAUGCGGGGCCGUCUGAUGGUUCCGAGAUGCUACACUCCGAAUCGGCGUUCGCCAAUGCUGGCGUGUUUGUGCUGCGAGAAAUGGUCAAGUCUUGGUGGGCGGAAGCCUGCAAGGGAAGCCCAAUGGCGGAUAUACUGGUCCAGCACUUGGUCCGGUGGGUGGAGUCUCCCGACUCGUUCAUGUACGACCGUGCUCUGCACUACUACGUCCAGAUGAUGAGUCGCAAGGCUUUGCUUCAACUCAUGGCCGACUUUCGGCGGGUCGGAUCACAGGUGGUCUUUGCCAACUCGAAUCGGCUACUUCUGCAGACGACGAAGUCAGAAGUGGGCAAUGCAUACGCAUACAGUCAGUACAUCCUGAAGAGCAUCAAGGGCAAGCCGCUCUUCCACUUCAUUGAUCUGGAGAUCAAAGAAUAUUGGGACUACCUUGUAUGGUAUGACGAGUUCAACUAUGGUGGCAAAGCAUGCCAGGAGGUCGUCGAGGCAGAGCAUCAGAGUCUCGAGACUGUCAUGUGUUGGCAGAUAAAGACGUUCUUGCCGCUUCGGCUGCAAGACACAUUCCAGCACUGGGUUGUCGAGUUCAUCCAGCUGAUGCACAGUAUCAAGCAUCCUCACAAUGGUGAUCCCGAUUCAACUCCACGACUUACACAGCUCCCCUUCCGUAGUCUCACUCAGACAGAGGACAACACGCCGCAGACCGAGAUCAUCCUCACGAAAACCUUUGAGCGCCCGCUCAAGAAGGAAAUCCAAUCCCUCGUAUCGACUCAAGCGCGCGAGCUCCUCCACCCCGAGUUAGCCUCCGACUGGUCUUUCCCCCUGCUGCCCGGCAGCCACAACCUGAGCGCCAAGAAAGCGCGCAACCGCAACGCGGUCCUCGAACUGGUCAAGAGUCUUAUGCAGGUGCUCUCGCUCGACAAGAACAUCACGCUGGAGGCGCGCCUCCUGCGCAAGGAGCUGUUAGCCCUCUUCGACGUCCGCGAAUUCAGCAAGGACGGCACGUUCGCCAACCCGAGCGAGAGCCUCAAGCUGCACCAGUGGGACUGCCCCGAGUGCACCCUCGCGCGCGACUGGGACCUGUGUCGAGACGAGGCGCUGCUGCCGGACCUGGCCGCCUUCGCCGGCGGGGCUGCGGACGCGGAACACGGACUGGGCGAGCUGCGCAAGGCGGCGGCGAACAAGACGUGGAACUGCAGCUUCUGCGGCGCCGAGUUCGACCGCCUCCGGAUCGAGGAGCGGCUUAUCUCGGAUGUGCAGGCCUGGCUCGUCGAGUGGGCCACGCAGGACGUAAGGUGCACCCGGUGCGGCAGCACGAAGCUGAACGAGAUGAUGGAGCAUUGUACGUGCUCGGGCCCCUGGGGCGAGAGCGUGAAAAGGGAGGAGGUGGUGAGGAGGCUGGGGGUUUAUAGGGGUGUUGCGGACUGGUUUGGGCUGAGGAUGCUCGGGGGUGUUGUUGAGGAGGUUUUUCGGGGGUUGUAG